ACAUAUCUCUUGUAUAAAUUAGACAACCAUAUCACUCUCUGCUCACUACUCUCUCAUCUCAUUCUCUGCUCAGUGCUCACUACUCUCUCAUCUCAUUUUCAAUAUCACCUCUUUGUUUAUAAUUUUCUCUUUCAGAGAACAAAAUAAGAUGUUCAACAAACUUCUAACGUUCUUAUUCUUAUUUGUGUUCAUAUCCAGUAUAAGAGGGAAUUCCGGUUAUGAGAAAUACAAAAUACUAAGUAUGAACAGUCAACCCUCGGUUGUUGAUUUUAACCAAUUUGCUGGUUUUAUAACUGUGGACUAUAAAAACGGAAGAUCUCUGUUUUUUUAUUUUGUUGAGGCUGAGGCUGAUCCGGCUUCCAAGCCGGUGUUUCUCUGGAUCAACAAUGCAGGACCGGGCUGUUCUUCGUAUGGAACUAUCUUUGAGAAAGGGCCUUUUAGGCCAACAAGUGAAGGUGGGUUUGUGAAAAAUCCACAUAGUUGGAACCAAGUUGCAAAUAUGCUAUAUUUGGAUGCUCCUGCCGGUUUCGGUUUUUCCUACUCCAACAACACUGCCGAUUAUUCAUUAGUACUCAAUGAUGAUUUUGCUGCAAGGGAUAACCUUGUAUUUCUUCAUCAUUGGUUUGAUGAAUUCUCUCACUACAAGUCAAAUGAUUUGUACAUCGGUGGUGAGAAGAAUGCAGCCCGCCUUGCAGCUAAUCUGGCAGAGCUUAUUGUAAAAAACAACGAAAGCUUCAAUCUCCAGGGCGUCGUGGUGGGAAAUUUUGGAAAAUUUGUGUAUUAAUUUUAUGGAUUUGGAAUUACUAAAGUACAUCUAUGUUUAAGGAUUAAUUUUUAUUAUUAUUUCUGGAUCUGUAAUAGGUUGGAAAAUUCCGAUAAGUAUUUCUGGAUCUGUACUUGUUAUUAAAAUAUGUUUAAUUGCUUUAGGUUGGAAAAUUCUGAUAA